AUGGCAUCUUCUAUUACAGGCUCGAAACGAGGUCGAUUUAUCGUGGUCGAGGGCCUUGAUCGCUCCGGGAAGUCCAGCUUGUGCCAUCGCCUUUAUGAGCAGUUCCAAUCGCAAGGCCUGAAAGCCCGCUAUGUCAAGUUCCCAGAUCGAACCACGCCUACGGGCCAGAUGAUCAAUAGCUACUUGACUGGCCAAGCUCAGCAGGACGACCAUUCCAUCCACUUAAUCUUCAGUGCCAACAGGUGGGAAGCGAUCAAAUCCAUCUCCUUGGACCUUCAGUCCGGUGUCAACGUGGUAGUCGACCGAUAUUCAUUCUCCGGGGCUGUCUAUUCGGCUGCAAAGCAGAUCCCAGAUCUAUCGCUUCAAUGGGCGUGGGCCCCUGAAAUCGGCCUCUUGAAGCCUGACUUGUUGUUCUUCUUGGACAUUUCUUCUGCUGAUGCUGCCAAACGUGGUGGGUACGGUGCCGAGCGGUAUGAGCAAGAAGAAAUGCAAUCUCGUGUUCGGAGCUUGUUCAAGGAUUUGCUCUCCAGGCUUGAUGGAAUAGCCAUUCAUCAAAUUGACGCCUGGAAGACGAUGGACGAGGUCACCACAGAAGUUCUCUCAAUCGUUCAAGGCUCGACCAUAAACGAGGCUCUUACGCCUGACAGCCUGCAGAAACUGGGCCCGUUGCUCGACAGAAGGGCCUGA